UUUUUAACGUUUACUAACACUUAUUCCGCAAAAUAAAUUAAUACUGACUAAUUGUUUUUGCCAUGACGGAGUAACAACGGUUUGUAAACUCUGUUUUUAUUUCAGCUUUUGUUGCGGGAAAGUUACUUUUUGAAAAAUAUGUAACAUUUGCAACACUAUAAUGGUGUACGUGCUUUACUUGAUUUACGGCAUACUGUAUACCUGUACUAAAGCACCCACCUGACCGUGUGGCACAGUUUACGGCUCUUAUUAAGCACUCCUCAGGGCGUUCAACGCAUGGUCACACCUUGACUUGUGGCUUAACCCGGCGUUUCGACGCCGGGUCUCCCGGCUAGUCUAAUUAGCGAAAUGAACCAUAAAAUUCAUUGUUCCUUUUAUCAAAAUGUUUUGUUGUUAAUUCCAUAGCGGGAAAAAAUAAAAUCAAACGUUUUUCAUAAGUAGACAAUAGGCAUGUGAUUAGGGUAAUAAUAAAAAUCAAUCACCCGUGACCUUUGUGUAAUAAAGUUUACCUCAUUAAACAAAGCUUUUUAUGAGAACAAUAAAAUAAAUUAACCGUGACUUUAUUAAAACAAAAAUUUUAAAUCAAUUUGAAAAAGCGCACAAAAGACAGAAUAAAAAUAAAUGUUUAGCAAAAGUGACAUGUUACCGCGGCUGUUUCUUUAGAAAAGACAACACAUCCACUUUUCCACGGAAGAGAUAUAUAGACUAGCAGUUGGUUUGUGGGAAAAUGAACGCUGUUUCAUGCACUCUAAGAAUAAAAAAAGAUUUUCAAUUUAAUAGUCGUGUUUUAGUAAUUUAUUUCAUAUCUGCAAAUUAUUGAAGACGUGAAAUGCCAUUUGCCACCUUUACGUAGGCAAGCUUGUAUUUCACAUUGGGAAUUUAAAUUUUGUUAUGUGACGGCACGCAAAUUAAGAGAGUGUAAGUUUGAGUUACAUGUAACUUAAAAACCAUGUCAGCAAAACAUUUCGUGACGUGAAUCAAGAGUUUUUGUUAACACGUUAGCAUUUGUCGCAAUGAUAAAAAAUCGCCGCCAUAGUAAAUGGACAAUUAAAAAAACUACGUUAUUUGCGACGCUCCAUUUUUAAGCAAUCAAUAACGUAAAAUUUUUCAUCCUAAAUAUAUCCAAAGUUUAACAGUAACCAUAGUUACAGAUUAAAUACUAAUUGUAUAAAUACAAUCGAGCAGAUCUAAUGUUGUCAUUCAAAUGGGACUAUCCCGCACUAUGAAUAAACUCUUUUUAAUCUGUAACACAAAAAGUUGAAUACCUCCAUUAUAACAUCCAUUUAGGGAGAGCCUACCUUUAGCGGAGUAUACACGCACCUCGAUAGUUUUAUUCCCGAAAGGUAUAAAUUCGGCUUAAUUUAUACUUUGCUUCACCGUUGUUUUAAAAUUUGUUCAAAUUCGUGACUUUUUAUCAUGAGGUUAAUAUAAUCAAAGAUAUAAUUAUAUUUAUUGACAAGGUUAUAAACACGUUCUUUCUACAUCUUCCAAAACCAAAAAAAUCACCAACAGGACUAAGAAGAACAUUUGAUCAUAUUCCCUUUUUAGGUAAAACAUCUUUACAAACGAGAACGAUGUCAGAAAAACUUAAUCUACUCUGCAUUGUUGUAAACUUUCUGUUGUUUUUAGAACUCACACUCGCUUAUCUAACUUCUCUAGAUUUAAAAACCUAGUGCCUAAAGAAUUAAAGUCAGGCGUCAUAUACUAAUAUGAGCGCAGUACAACUCCACUUAUAGCGAGACGUCUAAAGGUUGAGGCAAGCGAGCACCUCGGCACCUCGGAGUGUCUGCCUUAACAGAUACAAAGUUAAAGAUCGAUCUCUACAUUCCUUUCCGUCCCAGCUAACUUUCCGCCGUCAUCUUAACAGUAAAAUAGGAUGAUAGAUCAACAACCCACAGUUAACUCGCCUGUUGCAAAGAAAUUUGCACGAUUCGCCUCUAGACUUUGUAUUGUUUUCAUUAUCACUGGUAUCCUAACAUUAUGUUUUGGUAUCAGUGUUUAUCUCACACUACGCACAUCAAGAUUUCCAUUCUACAUACCAGGCGCAUCAAUAUUCAUUUCCUUAUGGAUGAUAUUUACAGCUAGUUUGGGUAUACAUGUUUUUUCUGGUACGUCAAGUAACCGACCAUUGAUUCGACAUUUUAACGCUUCUGCAAUGGCAGCUGACAUCCUUGCUUUUGUGGGUGUUGUAGCAUCAAUAGCUGGAUUCAUAAUGUACCUCGAUUGUAGACGUGUAACUAGACGUUUUAGUCCUGAUAAUCAUUACACCUACACGUUGUGGUCUGCAAAUUUUUGUACAAAAAGUCGAGAUUAUGGGGUGGCUGUGUAUGCUAUGCUUUUCCUGCUCCACUUCUUGCAGUGUAUAAUCUCAAUGGCAACCACAGUAUACGGAUUCAAAAUUUCCAGAAUUGAAAAUAUAGGUUGGUUUUUGCGUGCAUUAAGUAUUCGAAAAAGUCAACAAAGGAAUGGCGAGAUUAUUCAAGCUAAACCUCAUCCAACAUUACUACAAACCUACGCGUCGCAAGACCAAUUCCAAAUACCAAAAUUGCAACAAAAUGAAAUUCUUGUUACGGCAAACACUGGUCAGCCAUUUAUACUGAUACCUGUGACAUCAACUUCUCAGCAGUUGCCAAUACAUCUGCCAAUUGAUUCACUAGCAGGCUCUCCACCACCGUACUCCGCAUAUUGA